GGGAUUUGUAGCAGCCGACCUGCCUUCACGACGAGAUAUCAAGGGCCGGCUGUGUUUGUGUAUUAGCGAGUAUUCGCGUACUUUGUGGGUCCACGACCGGGAAUCGGUAGACUGUGCUAUACAUAUCGGCCGCCCCGUACUCGCGAUCGCGCGCAAUGGAUCAUUGUUGCGCCAGGAACGGGAAGUACAUGGAUGCCAUACCGGCCGAGGUGAGCCUUCCGGAAGCCUCACUCCGCAGAUAACGUGCGGAUAGAACUCCAGGCACCGCUUUGGAUCUCAUAGGCAUGAAGACCCCAUCAUACAACAGCUCCUCCAGCCUCAGCCUCGCCGACUCCCCCAACCCACGGCCUUCCACAACCCGGCCGAAGCAGCGCUUGACAGCUUGCAACGGCACGCAGUCCAUCAGCGACAGCGACAGCGUGGGCGAUGUGAACGACUUCCGCCUGAUCUGCUGGCUCUGUGGGAUAACGCACAGGUCGUAGUCAUACGCUCGGUGCUCUGACGUAGGGGCCAAGCGGCCGCGCUACGAUGCGAGCGAGUCAGGGUGCACGGUCGUCUGCCGCAUGCGCGCAAUGCGGUUCCGCAUGUGCGCGUGCGUCUGCCAAAAUCCUGGCAGGGAAAGAGGUUGUAGUGGUCCAGAACGCCAUGGUUGAGGUGUGAGAAGUGAAGACGGGACUAGAGAGAAGUUACCCACGCAGGAUGAUGAGCUGCUCGACGAAGGCUUGGGGUGCGCAUUUGCCGACAGCCAGUCCUGGGGUUCCCACACGGACUUGCCGAUAGUGGACCCAGACUCGU